AUGAGCUCAAGAUAGUAAUUUCUGAAUGGAGAUGGAGAUAAUUAAGAUGUUGAUUCUGAUGUACAAGACAGUUAAGGAGCUAUUCAAGAAAGCUACACACUACGAUAUGUAACUCUGGGUCAUACCAACGGGGAGUAACAAAAAUCUAAAUUCCUCAAAGAUGGCUUGAAAACUUAGAUAGUGGGCACCUCCAUUGAUCCAAAAAUAAUGAAGCAUCAAGAGGAAGAGAAGGAAUAAGAUAAGCUGGCUCGAAAAGCUUCUACUAAAGAAUAAUCAAUGUAAGCUAAUUACAAUGGCACAUCGAAAAACAACGAUAAUAACCAUGAAAAUCAUGAUGAAAGCAAAAAUGCAAACUCCUAUAAUAAAUCCAUGGACAAUCUUUUGCAAUCUAAGAAGACUGAUUUCCUUACAGCAAUAGCUGCAGAUGAAGACUUGAGCAAUAUCUACCUCUAACUAGACGAGCAAUAUAUGACUGAAAAUGAUGUUGACCAAGCAAUAGUCCUAGAAAAAAUCGCUGCUUAGAAACUUAUAAUAGAUCAUUCAGGCAAAUUCCGUACACGAUGGGAUUUGUGGAUAAUCUUACUAGUGUUUUACAACUGCAUUUAAAUUCCUUUGGAGUUAGCAUUUUAAGAUGAUUUUAUGAAUGUGGGUAUCGACGCGUUUGGCUAUUUUGUAGAUGCCAAUUUCUAUUUCGAUAUCAUUUUCAACUUCAGAACUACAUAUAUCAAUGAAAAGACAGGUCUUGAAGAGAGAAGAGGUAAAUUCAUUGCUUGGAACUACCUAACUCAGUGGAGGUUCUACUUUGAUCUUCUUUCGAUUAUUCCUUUUGAGUUGCUUUAUAAUGCAACGAAUCCUAACGGUUCCACUAAUACAACAUAGUUUAAAAUAUUUGAUCUAUUGAAACUUAUCAGACUCCUCAGGCUCGGAAGAAUCAUAACCUAUCUUAAAUUCAAGCAAGAUAUUAAGAUCGGCUUUCGCAUAGUCUAGCUACUUUUCAUGCUCUUAUUAAUUGUCCAUUUUGUUGCUUGCCUCUGGUAUGUCAUUAUCGAUGGAAGCGACUGGAUCCCUCCAAGAGAUGCGAAUUACGGUGUUACGCAGUUUUAUUCUGAUUCAAUGGGAAGAUAGUACUCAAUACUCUACUACUACUCUAUAUUACUCCUAUUAGGAGGAGAUAUAAUACCUACAGAGACUAUUCAGAUUGUUUACUCAGCUCUAAUCGUCAUCCUAGGCUCAAUCCUGACCGCAUUUAUUUUUGGUAAUAUGGCAGCUUUAAUGGCAGAUAUGAACGCAAAGGAUUCAAGGUUUUAAGAUUAAUUCGACACAAUUACAAAUCUUAUGAGAGCUAUAAAGUUACCUGUAAAAGACCAAAGGGAAGUUGAAAGCUAUUUGCUUCACAUCCAAUAAGUACCUGACAUGUAAUAAGAUAUGAAGAUCUUCUUAAAGCUAUUAUCCCCUACUCUAAAGAGUACCAUAUUGUUUCACAUCUAUAGUCAGAUACUGGAGAAAAUUCCAGUGCUAAAAUGUCUGAGUCACAUAGAAAAAAGGUUCAUCGUAAACUAUAUGAAGACCGUCAUAUUUCUUCCAGGUGAUGAAAUUAUAAGGCAGGGUGAUAAGGGCUAAAAGAUGUAUUUUGUUUCUAGGGGUAAGGUAGAGGUAACCAUUGGUCCAGACGAUGUUGACUAUGAAUAUGAAUUAAAGAGAAGUAACUCAAAAGGUUCCAUAAAAUCUCACAAAAGUGCUGGUAGUAUUCGAAGUGCUGCUCUUCAAGGUCCUAUCAUACAGAUAGAGGAAAAGGCAGAAACAUAGAGCUAGAGUUUGAGCAAAAACGAUGGCAUCGGAAAUUUUCUCUAAGUACCUGGUCAGAAAAAGGGAAGCAAUAAGGGAAGUAGCCGUUAAGGUAGCAGAUAAGGUAGUGUAAGCAAAGGUAGCUAGGGUAAAGAAUCUCUUGAUAAGAACUUGCCAGUAAUACAGUAAGUAAAAGCUAUCAGAACACUAAGUGAGGGCGAGUAUUUCGGAGAGGUCACCUUGCUUACCAACCUUAAGAGAACAGCAACUGUUAAGGCAGUUGAUUUCACUACACUCGGGUAUAUGACUGCAAGAAACUUCGCUUAGGCGAAGGUGGAGUUCCCACAGAUAUAUCAAUCCUUUAGAAGAUAAAUCAAAACAAGAUACAGCGAUGAGCACUUCAAAUUCAGGUAGAAUAUGAUUCGAAAUGUGCCCUAUUUUAGGGGGAUGAGUGAUGAUGUAAUCUAGGAGCUCGUUUACCUACUUAAACCAAUUAGAUACGAUUAAAACAUGCUCAUUGUGAAAAGAGGUGAUUCCACAGAUAGAAUAUAUUUCCUGAAAGCAGGACAGGUAGAUGUAGAAGUCCCUUUAAAGAAUGAUAAGAUGCUUUUUGACUACCUGAAUGCUGGAUCUUGCUUCUGCAUUUUUAGUGCCUUUAAUGAAGACAGGAAACAGAAGUUCGAUUUUAGAACUAGCACUGUUUGUAUAGUAGAAACGAUUUCAGCUGAAGAUAUAUUAGGAUUAUAGAAAUAAUACUUAGAACUCUCUGACGAACUUAAGACUCUCCUCGUUCAGAUUAACAAUAAUGAGAAAUCUGAAUUCGAUUUCUUCAGAUAUCUUCCCUCCAGAUCUAAUCAAAUAUUUCGGUCAGAGCAAUGGAAAUCCUAGGUCAGGAGAAAGUUCAGAAUUGCAAUUGCUAAAUUCUUUAGAAAACUUAAGAAAUCAAAGCCUGUCUAUCAUAUGCUACAACUAAACAAGAACUCAAAUGAGAGAGAAAACAGAGAGGCUUUUCAUAACUACAUAUUCAACAACAAAGUUCAAAAUUCAGAUGAGGAGGAAAAUGAUGAGGUCAAACAGUUUUAAGCGCUUCAUGCUCUCGAUAUGCUUGAGAAAGAGAGAAAAAGCAAGGAGCAAAAACUGAAAUAUCUGAAAGAAAGAUGCUCUAAUCCUUCUUUAUUCGUUAUUUCAGCUAUGAUGGGCAAGAAAAAACACGAAGAAAAUCAAAGAGUCUAAGGAGAUAACCUAGACACUGGUGAUAACUUAAACACUGAUGAGAAACAGCCCUACGAAGCUGACCCAAUUAUUGAGGAAAAAGAGUAUCAUGAUGAUACUCUCUUGUACAUUGAAAAUCCUGCUAAUAACGAUGAUUCUAUGGAGAUUGGUAUCAAAAGGCUACCUAGAAUAGACGGUAUUAGAAGGGAGCUUGAUAAAAUGAAGAUUGAAUCUAAUCAUCUACUGACACACGAGAUUAAUGAGCUGAGUGUCAUGAAUAAUGUAUCAAUGUUUGCUUAGCCUGGCGCAACUGUUGAUAGAUAGUAGUAUAAAGAUCAUGGCGAGCGUAAUUUAGUUGCGAAUAAUCUAGGAGAUACAAACCAAUCAAAUCAAUUCUUUACAAAUAGUAAUCAGCUGUAAGUCACAUAGAGAGAUAUACCGUUGACUGAUACAUUGAUUAUGGACGACAAGCCUGAUGACGAGGACGUUAUGAGACCAAUCUGGAGAAGCAAGCUUGGACCAGCAAACGAUCAGAAAUAUCUUUCACUCAUAAACGAUGAUCCAGUGAAACUUCAAGAGCAGUAGAUGGAGGAGGAGAAAUAUGAAGACUUGAUACUUAAGGAUAACCAAAGUGAGCUAAACUUUCAAGUGCUUGACAAGUUUGAAACGAAUAAUAACAUCGUAAUUGAAGAUCAGAAGGAGGAAGCAAAAUGUGAAGAUCUUAUCAAAGUACUUAACCAGAUAAAUCAGAGCCUUUAAGAUCAGCAAAAAUCUAUGAACAACUUACAGUAUGACAUGAUUAAGAGAAUGGUAACUCUCGAGAGGAAACUGAAUAAAGCCAUUAAACUGGAUCCUUAGGGCUAAAAAAGUAUGAAGGGCACAUCAACCAACUCAAACGUAAAGAAGAGUCGAGCUCAAAAUGUGAGUGCUAAAAACAGCAAUUAACUCCUAUUACCUUUCAACCAGGAAAUAACGGACUCUUAGAAUAAUAAAAACAUUGGUCAAAGUCAUAAGUCCUCAUUCCUUGUGGAUACCAGUUUCUCACCUAAAAGGCUAGCUAACUAGUUACAGAAGCUCAACAAAGAUUACAAUAUGUCUGACCUUCAGUCUAUGCAGAACAAGAAAUAAAAGCCUAUUAUCAGACCUGAAUUAAUGAGCUCUAAUUCUGAGGUUUAGAAGCCAACUCUUGCCCUAGAUCAAAUCAAUGAAGCUCAAGGAGUAUCAAGAGGCUAGAUCAUGCUUUAAGGCAUGCAACAGAAAGAGAGUGACAGCGACAUGGUUGAAACACCAAAAUAAACGGUGCCGAGUAUAUUCGCCCCAAAAAAGAGAUUGCAGAAGUUCGAGGAGAGCAAGACUAAUGCCAACAGUGCAGGUGGUGAUUAAAAGACUUAAGCUAGACAAAGAGAGAGCGCUAAAUAACCCAAAAACGUCAAGCUUCCAUUUAUGGCGCAACAAGAAUCAAACAUGUCAAGAUAUAACAACCAGACACCCUACUUUCUGACAGAGUACAACGAAACUAUAGUCAACGACUAGUCAGUGUAUCUAAGUCAGCAUAUCUACUAGAUAAUAGUCAAUCAGCAAGAACAAAAGAAAUGA